CUCAAUAUAACUUCUUAAAACCCUAAACCCUGUGUUAAAGCUAGAGGAGGCUAAAACCCUAGACGCAGCUCUGGUUAUUUGAACAAGGAGCUGCAGUUGUCGGACCUACCCUAGCUAUAUCGAGUAGUUUUUAUUUCUACAAUUUUAUGCUCUGUCCUUAGUUUGGGAGUCGAAUUGAUUCACAUACAUACGGAUUACUGAUAGAUAGAACAAAAAUGGCGUCUCUUGCCUUGAAAAGGAACUAUGGCUGCGUUCAAUCCCUGCAACAAUUCUACACCGGAGGACCCUUCGCCGUCUCUUCCGACGGAUCUUUCAUUGUCUGCGCCUGUGAUGACACCAUCAAGAUCGUCGAUUCUUCCAACGCUUCCAUUAAGUCCACUAUUGAAGGCGAUUCGGAGCCCGUUACAGCCCUUGCUCUAAGCCCUAGUGACAACUUCCUUUUCUCUUCCAGCCACUCUCGGCAAAUUAGGGUUUGGGACCUCUCUUCAUUAAAAUGCUUGCGUUCUUGGAAGGGACAUGAAGGCCCUGUGAUGGGCAUGGCUUGUGACGCGUCCGGUGGGUUGCUGGCAACUGCAGGGGCUGAUAGGAAAGUGCUCGUGUGGGACGUGGAUGGCGGCUUCUGCACGCAUUACUUCAAAGGUCACAAGGGGGUGGUGACUAGUAUUAUGUUCCAUCCUGACCCAAAUCGACUAAUUCUUUUUUCUGGAAGUGAUGAUGCCACUGUGCGAGUUUGGGAUCUUGCAACAAAAAAGUGCAUUGCAACACUUGAGAAACACUUUUCUGCCGUGACUUCCAUGGCAGUAUCUGAAGAUGGAUGGACCUUAGUUAGUGCUGGAAGAGAUCAGGUUGUAAACUUGUGGGACCUUCAUCACUAUGGGUUCAAGAGUACAAUACCAACAUAUGAGGGGCUUGAAUCUGUGUGUGUGAUCUGUUCUUCAUCUCCUUUUGCUUCAUCUCUGGGCUUGUACAAACAGCAGCAUUGGAAGAAAAGAAGUGAUUCACCAGCAAUUGAUUUUAUUACAGUUGGUGAACGUGGGCUUGUACGGAUAUGGAACUCUGAAGGUGCAGUUUGUCUUUUUGAGCAGCAGUCUUCACAUGUUACUGUUUGCUCAGACAAGGAAGAGUCGAGAAGAGGCUUCACUGCUGCUAUUAUGUUGCCCUUAGGUCAAGGAUUGCUCUGUGUCACAGCUGACCAACAGUUUCUCUUUUAUUCCCCUAUGGAAUACACUGAAGAUUAUUUGAAGUUAAACCUAGGCAAAAGGCUUGUAGGAUACAAUGAAGAGAUUGUAGAUAUGAAGUUUUUGGGUGAGGAGGAACAAUUUCUUGCUGUUGCUACUAGUGUUGAACAGGUAAGAGUGUAUGACCUAGCAUCCAUGUCAUGUUCCUAUGUAUUGGCAGGUCAUACUGAGAUUGUUUUGUGCCUUGAUACCUGUGAACUAAGCCCUGGAAGAACACUUCUUGUUACUGGAAGCAAGGACAACACUGUUAGAUUAUGGGAAUCCGAAAGAAGAUGUUGCAUUGGAAUUGGUGUAGGGCAUAUGGGAGCUGUUGGAGCCGUUGCAUUUCCAAAGAAACGGCAUAAUUUUUUUGUUAGCGGCAGUAGUGAUCGUACCCUGAAGGUGUGGAGUAUGGAUGCUCUCUCGGAUUAUUCUGAUCUGCCUACUAAGUUGAAAGCAAAAGCAGUUGUAGCAGCCCACGAUAAGGAUAUAAAUUCUGUAGCUAUUUCACCCAAUGAUAGUUUUGUUUGUAGUGGUUCCCAGGAUCGCACUGCUUGUGUUUGGAGGCUUCCAGAUCUAGUAUCUGUGGUUGUACUAAAAGGUCACAAAAGGGGAAUUUGGUCUGUAGAGUUUUCUCCAGUUGAUCAAUGUGUUAUAACAGCAUCUGGAGACAAAACAAUAAAGAUAUGGGCUAUAUCUGAUGGUUCAUGUUUAAAAACAUUUGAAGGGCACACCUCAAGUGUAUAUCGAGCAUCAUUUCUUACUCGUGGGACCCAGAUUAUCUCUUGCGGUGCUGAUGGUUUGGUGAAGCUUUGGACUGUUAAAACUAAUGAAUGCGUUGCAACUUAUGAUCGACAUGAGGACAAGGUUUGGGCCUUGGCUGUCAGCAAGAAGACAGAAAUGCUUGCAACUGGUGGGAGUGAUGCUAUUAUCAAUUUGUGGCAUGACUCCACUGCUAUUGAUAAAGAGGAAGCUUUUCGUAAAGAGGAGGAAGGGGUUUUAAGAGGUCAAGAACUAGAAAAUGCUGUAUCAGAUGCUGACUACACUAGAGCAAUCCAAAUUGCGUUUGAGCUUCGCAGACCUCAUAAACUUUUUGAGCUGUUCGCUGAACUUUGCAGGAAGGGACAGGCUGAAGAUAAGAUAGAGAAAGCCCUUCAUGCUCUUGGCAAGGAAGAAUUUCAUCUACUUUUUGAAUACAUUCGAGAAUGGAAUACAAAACCAAAGCUUUGUCAUGUUGCACAGUUAGUGCUUUUCCGGGUUUUCAGUAUCCUUCCUCCAACAGAGAUUAUUGAGAUAAGAGGCAUUGGAGAACUCCUUGAAGGCCUUAUCCCGUAUUCCCAGAGGCAUUUCAGUAGGAUAGACAGGCUGGAGAGAAGCACAUUUCUGUUGGACUAUACGCUAACAGGAAUGUCCGUUAUUGAUCCGGAGAUGGAUGCAGAAGUGUCAAAAGAAAAAGCUGUGACACUAUCUAAUAUGCAAAAUACGGGUGAGGAGCCAAUGGUAGAAGCCACUGCUACGGAGCAAAAACAGAUUCUUGGAGAGCUGAAAGAGAAGGCCUCUUCAAAGAAACGGAAAUCACAGAAAUCCAAGGACGUUGCAUAUAAGAAAGUGAAGGGGUUGGCAAUCACGAAUGGUUCAGCUGUUCCAUCCCAGGCAUAGCACAUCCUGAUUGCUUAUACCCGUCUUCUAUUUUUUUUUUUUUUU